AUGAGUAGUAAUAGCAGCACCACUAACAACAAUACAACACCUGCCACUGUUAAGCAGGAAACUAACAUUGACUACAACCUGACCAACAACAUUCAACAACAGGGACAACAACAUAGUCACCACCACCAGCACCAGCAGCAGCAGCAGCAGCAGCAGCAGCAGCAGCAGCAGUACAACGGAGCUCCAGCAACAUCAACAGCCACCUCCCCUGAAAACAACAACGAGUCGACUAAAGCAAACGUAAAAGACAAGCCAAAGGCAUUCACUAUCAAAUACAAACGUCCCAGAGGCUCUAGAGCCUGCACAGUUUGUCGAUCAAGAAAAGUACGUUGUGAUGCAGAAAUUCACAUACCUUGCACCAAUUGCAUAACAUUUGGAUGCGAUUGCGUAUUACCUGAAGUCAAGAAAAGAGGUAAUAAAGCUGGAGAAUCAAAACUGAAGAGACAAAAGAUUGCACAAAAUAGUACUGAAGCGGAACCUGUUGCCCAUCUAGACCCUGCCGCUACGUCCUUAAAGCAAGUGAAAUCGCAAAUCAAGCCUAAAACCAAAACUAAAGCCAAAGCAAAGAAAGUCGGCUCUUCAUCUACAGACGAUCAACCCACAUCAACACAACCUUCCGGAGUGCCCUCUUCAUCCACUGGUGCAGGAUCUACUUCUGUUCCUGGGGCCUCACCCUCUCAGCAAAUUCCAAUCAAACAAGAAGAAGCUGUUUCUCCUACAUCUACGGGUGUAUCGUUACAAAAUUCGCAACUUGACAGUAAGCAAGCCUCGACUAUAAAUCACAUUUCAUCCGUACAACAUGGAAGCUUUUCCAAAACUAAAACAUUGAAAGAGCCGGUCUUGAAUAUAUCACAAAUAAGUGUACCCCCUUCGUUAACAUCAGAUUACAAAAACAGACCCUCCAUGCAUAAGAAGGAAUUAACAACAUCGAGAGGAAAGCCAUCGCUAACUUAUAUUGGGUCUUCUUCGAUAGCAGUUUAUCCCCAUAAAUUUGGUGAGAACCAUGUGCAGUUGGCGGAGGACGUUUUCGAGUCGCCCGACAGUAGCUUGGAUGCAGUUGAGAUGGAAAUUUUGAAAUUAAGAGGUGCAUUCCUACUCCCAAGUAGAGAAUUGGCUUUAGAUUUGAUUGAAACUUUUUUUGAACACGUUCACCCCUUGUUGCCGGUUUUGAAUCGUACGUUAUUUAUGCAAAAGUUCAAUGAUCCAAAUGAUAGUCCCAGUUUGAUGGUAUUACACGGGGUAUUAUUGUGCGGAAGUAGAGUUUCCAAGAACCCCUUGAUUUUAGACUCAAAUGGAUCAACCAACCUUGCUAGUUUGACUUUUUUCAAGAGAGCAAAAGCCUUGUACGAAAUGAAUUAUGAGAGCGACCCUUUAUCAAUUAUUCAGACCUUGAUUUUGAUUGGUUCUUAUUGGGAUGGACCAGAAGAUGUGACUAAAAACUCAUUUUACUGGACAAGGGUUGCCGUUGCUCUUGCCCAAGGGUUUGGUUUCCAACGUGAUGUAACGAAAUUAUCAAGUCUUUCACUACUGGAGAAACGAUUAUGGAGACGAAUUUGGUGGUGCCUUUUUGAGAAAGACCGUAACGUUGCCAUUGCUUUUGGUAGACCAGUAACCAUUGAUUUAAAUGAUUGUGACGUUCCGAUGUUAACAAUGGAGGAUUUCGACGAAAAUGAUCCUGAGUUGGGUAUUGUUUCUCCUUACCAAGUUAAUGAAACACAUGCAUUGUAUUUUAUUCAUUUAAUCAAGUUGGCUGAAAUCACCGGAAUAAUCAUCAAACAUCAAUAUAGCGUCAGAUCGGAGUCUAUGAAGAGAAGAAACGCAUUUUCGGUUAUUGAACAUUGUGAUAUGUUGAUGGGCAUUUGGUUUACAAACUUGCCACGACAAUUGGUUUUUUCGUUGGGUGAUCCAUCGUCACAGAAUUUCUAUGCGUGUUUACUAAAUGCACAGUACUAUAAUCGAUUGUUUUUGAUCCAUCGUUCCAACUUGAUGAGAAUGGCAAGAUCGUCGUCAACAAACCCAAACAAUUACAAGUAUCCAAGUUGGGGUAUUAGUUUCCAAUCAGCACGAAUGAUCUCCAUUAUUUCGAAAAUCUUGAUGGAUAGAGAUCAACUAAAGUAUGUGCCAACGAUGUACGUCUAUAUUGCAUUCAGCGCGUUGAUUAUGUUGAUAUAUCACAUUGAUUCCACAAACACAGUGAUUGCUUCUACUGCAAGUGAGUCCUUAUUGGUGUCAAGGGCAGUUGUGCAGAAAUUGGGUGAUUACUACCCUGUAGUCAGGGUGUUGAUCAAUUUGUUUGACAAGUAUGCCAAUGAUAAGAUUAAACGCGCAAGUGUCAUUGAAAGUGGGAUGAUGAUUAAUGAGUUGACUGAGAAACGAGCUAAUGAAUCGGGCGGUUCAAUGCAAUACAGUACUCUGCCUCAGCAACAACUGCAACUGCAACUGCAACUGCAACUGCCGCAACAACAACAACAACAACUGCAAGCACGUCAAUCGCCACAGGUGCAUGCACGACAAUCACCACAGCUGCCAGCGCGUCAAUCAUUACUGCAGCCAUUGCCACCUCCACCAAACCAGCCUAUCCAACAACCAAAACCCAUUUCACAUCCACAAGCUCCUUUCCAACAACACGAUUCACCUAAUUCGUCCAAAUUGUCUCCUUCAUCAGUCGCCUCCGGUGUUUCACCUGGUGGCAAUGGUUACCAGGACUAUCAAACACAACAACUGCAAGCUCGUGCUCCUAUUUCUCAACAACGUUCAUCAUUGAAUACACAACAUAAGCAGCCACAGAAACAACUGCAACAACUGCAGCACCGUAACCCAAAUGCACCUGCACCUUCACAAACCCCUGUUAUUGAACAAUUGAUCCAACAGUACAAAGUACCCAUGAAACAAGCCAACGGUGCUGAAUCAAGUGACAAAACUGCUAGUGAGACAUCACCAUCUUCAUCAACGCACUCAUUCCCUGAUAUCAGUCUAGUUACUGAAAACAUUCCCAAUAAGCAAAACUUUUUUGAAAAUUUCGAUCCAACGCAAUUGUUCCCCACGUUUAGCGCUGCGCCAUCUGCGGUCCAUUCUCCAAGUAAUGACGAGGACAUGGGUAGUAAUAUCUAUGAUGCGCAAGCACCAAGACAAGCACCAAGAGAGGCACCAAGAGAGGCACCAGCUGAAAAACAGCAACCACAGCAUCAACAAGAUGUGCAGGGAAAUAGUGCCGGUGAUGUGAAUAACAUGCCUCCACCGACCUCACAUUUGAGCGGCAAUUUCGCUGAGGGGGGCCAACAAGGACUGGGUGGACUACCGGGUGGACCACAAUUGCAAAACCCACCUACACCUGGAUUUCAAACCAAUUUCAUGGAUUCAUCAUUUAUUAAUAUGAAUUUACAAUCGGGGUUUGAUCCAAAUGAUGAAAUCAACGCUUUAUUUAACUUCAUACCUUGA